GGUUACGAAUUUUUUCGUUAUUUAAAGUAUUCUCUGUUAAUGCUUUUUUUUGUUCUUCCACAAUAAUUUUUCUACAUUGCUUGCUGUCAUUUAGCCAACAUUUUCGAGCACUCCUCGUGAAAGACCCAGUUACUGUUGCCACUACAUAUCGUAUAGACAGUAGUGCGUGUACACCACCGCCACCCCAGCAGAAGACGACGCACAACGCAUCCGACGUCUACGAUAACAGCGAUUUUGAAAUCAACCGGAAACAUGACGACGGCGACUACGGAAGAGACGAAAAACGUUCCACAGGACGUUAAAGAACCGGUAAAAGACGCAGCGGACACUGCAGUUGAGACCAAUAACAAACAGGAAAACGACAAGAAGCCCGCGGCAGAGAAAGAGGAAAAGGAAGCGGCGCCGGCUGCCCCGGUUGAACCACCACAACCAAAGUUCUCUGUGAAAAAACAGAGUUUCGAAAAGGACGUUGUCUACCUGUAUCAGUUUUCACGCACGCCCGUUAUUCCGUCUAUGUCCCCGUAUUGCCUCAAAGUGGAGACAUGGCUCAGACUGGCUGGACUUAAAUACGAGAAUGUUGACCAUAAAAUGAAGCAUCGUUCCAAAAAAGGACAAUUGCCUUUUAUUGAAUUGAAUGGUGAAGAAAUUGCUGAUAGUACUCUAAUUAUUAAAGAACUUAGCCAAAAAUUCGGCAAAGACAUCGAUGCUGCAUUAACUCAAGAUCAACGUAACAUAUCACAUGCUAUGAUCUCAAUGAUUGAGAAUAAGCUCGUUUGGGUAAUAAUGUGGUGGAAGACAAAAACUCCUGAAAAUGUAAUCAAAGGAUACAAAGUGAAUUUGCAACAUGCACUUGGUACAUGGGUUCCAAAUGGUAUUCUUAAUUUCUUCUUCAAGUACACUUAUAGCCGAAGAGGAUUAAAAAAAGUUAAAGCUCAAGGAAUCGGAGUUCACAAGCCUGAUGAGAUUUUGGAAUUUGGACAAAAUGAUCUUAAAGUUUUGUCCGAUGUAUUAGGCGAUAAAUUAUACUUCUUUGGAAAUGAACCCACAACUUUGGAUGUUGUUGCUUUUGCAAACUUGGCACAGUUGUACUUCUUAGACAAAGAAGUUGAAUGCCAAUUACGAGAUUAUUUAGUGGACAAUUUUGAAAAUUUAAUACAGCACACAAACCGCAUUAAAGAAAGGUGUUUCCCUGACUGGGAUGAUAUGUGUAAGAAUCUAGACUUAAACAGUCAUUUGCCAAAACCCCCACCAGUUGAAGAUAAGCCUAAAGAAGAUGGAGACAAGAAGGCCACUGAGAACAAAACUAAUGAAAAAGAAGUCAAGGAGCCUGAAGAGAAAGGUGAUGGAAAGAAGGAAGGAGAGAAAGAACCAGAAGACAAGUGAGCGAUAUUUGUGCUGGUUAUAACGAAACAGUCUCAUCACCAUCAUUUUAAAUUAAGCGAUUUCACCAACACUUUCGACCCACCAUUAUACUAUUGACUAAAAAAAAAAAAAUCAUA